UACUUACUUUGUCUAUUUAGAAGUAUUUUAAAAUGUUCGAUAAACUGUGUGUGUUGUUGCUGUUAUUGGGCGUCAUCAGUGCCGGUCCUACAUGGCAAUCAUCAAGUGCGCUUAUGUCAAGGAGCUCUGCAAGAUACGCUCUCAACCAGCUGAAAGGCGUCUUUGCGCCACUAGUGUCUGUCGAUUUUUCAGAAAUAAAACCAGGUGGGGCAGCACACGUGAGGUACCGGGUAUAUUUUACAACUGAUCCUCCAAACCCACGCUGCCGUGCCAUCGUCAACUGGAUAUUACAUGAAUGGUGGUGGGCGAAAAUCGAAGAUCCGGUAUGGUCAGGAUGUUAUCCAUAAAGAAUGACCGGGCACUGUGAAAGGCAUCCACGUUUGAUGUUCUCUUUUUUCACAUUCUAUGUGAUAAAACAUGUGUGUUUUUUAUUUUAAAUGUAAAUAUAUCAGUUUACGCAAAGCGCCUGCUGAACCAGAUAUCUCAGUCCCUCAGGUGCUUAUCUACCACUGAGGCAACACUUUGGGACUAUCUAGAUGGCCAAUAACUGGGACCAAUAACGUUAGCAGUUUCAUGUAUUUGUUACUUGUUUGUUUGUCUGUAUGGAGUUUCACUUUGAUCCUUCUUUCAUUAAAUAAAAGAUUCUAAAAAAUCA